AUGCACGGACGCGGGUAUUGUGAGACAAGCUUCUUUUUUCAUCAAUUCCUUUUUUUUUUGUUUUUUUUUGCCUGCUCGCCGAUGUGGGGAGAGGGAGCUGCAGGGAAGAGCGACUUCAUGCCGUUGGGCGGCAAAAGAGGAAGAAAUUCAGACACGACGCCGUUUCCACAAUCAAUACGUGGGAUGUUGGUGUUCGUCACGCAGGCUCUGGCCGAAUCGUUGACUCUCACGUCUGGCGCAUGUUGUAACACGUCGAUCAACGGGGUGAGAGGGAGACGGAGAAAAACAAGAGACCCGUCGUUAUGCCAGUUUGAAGAGAGGCUCUUCAAUGCCUUCCAAAGAGGGUUUUCGUCAUGCCCACGGAAGCCACAUGCCCUGUUGCACACCUUUUCAUUGAGUCCCUCCGCGACCAAGGCCUGUGCAUAUUUGCAGCGGCAGACCGGCCCCUCUAUCUUGGAACGCGGAUACUACGUUGUUGACUUGGAUCACAUUUACAUGGAAGCCCCUACGUUUUUUGAUGAGGCACAUCGGUGUUGGAAGUACAGUACGAGAGGAUUGCGGAUGCAGAAAAAGACAUCCAUUUCACGACAUCCUGAGCUGCUCAUGGUUGUGCUAUCGCCUCCAGAGACGGCGGCGGUGAGGGAGCCAGGAACUAUGUUCCCGACUCUUGUUUGUCGAUCCGCGGACAAUGCAGAUGGAAGAGAGGAGGGUAUUUAUGCUCGGUUGUGUGGAUUUCCACCAAGCGCCAAAUUCAGAGUUUUAUCAGAGCAACUGCAGCAGCUCUCAUUGAGUUAUCCGAAUAAAGCAUUGAUUACAGAAGGGGACGGGUGGAAUUGGCUUAUGGCACGUCCCCAGUCGCGGGAUAUUUCAUGCGAUUGGUGCAGAGCAACCCUCAUUUCGAGUGAUUUUGUCACACAGUCACUUUUUUUCUUGGAGUGGUGUGUCCCAGAGGAUUUUGCCUGGUUGCCUUGUCUGAGAACAACGGUGGGCUGGGGCUCUGAUGUGCUGGGCAAACUGUUGCGGGGCAUCAGCGAGCAUUUGGUUUUUGCUGGUGGUGCUGACAGCGAGCCAGCGUCAAAACGCUUUCGUGCAGAACAUGAGGAGGCUUUUCUGGACAUGUUUAUUCCAACAGGGCUUGACGCGGUUGCUUCUUCCAUGGAAGCUCUUGAAGAGGCGAAACGGGAGGCUGAUACGCGCUUUGUGGGAAAAAUCCACAGCGCUGUCUCCAGACCACGUCAAGGACUUGUCUUAAAGACACUAUUGGGGCAGCUUGAAAUGGUGGAGGAGUUUUUUUCUGGUUAUAAUCUGUAUCCAUGCGACGAGUCUCUUGUGAAUGCAGCGGACAUGAAUUUCUCUCCACCACCCGCCGGGGCACCAACGGGAAGGGUUGCACAGCUGUUGAAGGAGUGGGAGCGCAUACAGAAGAGUCACCGUUGUUCCUCCUUUCCGUCCUCUGACACGCCGUACUCUCGAGCCCGCCAUGGUGAUGCUGAGGUUGAAUUGCCCGGGGAGGACGCGGUGGCACCGUUUCUAGAGAUGAUGCGGCGACAUUUCAUAAAUCAUGGAUCGCAGGGGGGAGUUUCUUUCCGGUUUACGGGGGAUGGGGAAACGCUGUUGGAGGCACCAUGCGUGGCCGAAACAACGCUUCGAGAACCACCCGAAGAAAUGGUGGAGCUGGCAGAUGUGGCGGAGUUGUUAACAGCUCUCAGUGCAUCAGCAGAUAUUGACUCUCGCGUGGCAGUCGGCGAUUGUGGCCUGGACUAUCAGCUUCCACGAGGGCCACUUAGGAGCAUUAUGGAGGCUUCCGUCACCGCAUACAUCUCUUUGGCCUUUGGCGCCAAAACUUUGGCGGUUGGUACUGCUGCAUGCGGCCAUGAUGUCGUUGAUUCGUCACGAGAGAGCGACGGUGAUUGUCGCUCCACUCCCAGCACAGCCCCAUUGGAAGUGUUGGGUGAUGUCUUUUUUAAAUUCAUGAAUGAGAUGGAUGGGGGGCAGAAUGAGCGAAGCAGCCAGCUUCACGAUGUUCUAAAUGAGGUGAUGAAACUGAUGUGUCACAUCAAAGCCGAUGAAGCGGAGGCUGCGGGGGGCUGCAUUAUUUUGAGCCCCAAAGGCAGCGGUGAAAACAAUAUGGACAGCGAUGCUGCGUUUCCCAUAAAUUCUAUUGCGACUCGAGUAGUGGAUGCGGCACGGACGGCAAUGAGGCAGGCGGCGAGCGGGUUAACUGAAGUGGAGGCGAAAAGCCGAGGGAUACGGUGGCUCAGGCACAUUGCAUUUCUUUUUUCUCACGCCUCGGUGCCUGUUGCUGCAUCAAGUCCCAUAUGUCUGCCUGCACCGAUGAUGUCUAACGAGACAGAAGGGGAUCAAGUUCGGCGUGUCGUGCGAGGGCUGGAGGCACAUUUGUUCUUCUUGGACGCUGCUUUAUGUGCCGUCGAUGAGGCCAUUGUGAGACGCUGGGAAGACGCCCACGAGGCCUUGGGAAAAGGAAUUGCCUGA